CACAGAGCACAGAACAACGCCUGGCUUUGAGAUUUACUUGUGAAAGCAUUUUGGGAAGCAGAAUCAGCAGGAUUGUAGAGAAAAUUGCAAACAAAGUAAAAAGGAACAACCAUCAGAUGCUCUCUGGUUUGGAUCUGCUUGCUUUGGCAGUUUUGCUGACGGAUCUAGAUUUAACAUUAAGAGCCACAAAGACUCAAAGAGAAAGCAGACAUGUUGAUUAAAUCUCAGUAUUGCUGAGUUCUUUAAAAAAAACAACCUUUGAGGACAUUUGGAGAACAGGAGACCAGUUUUUAAAAUCUCUUAAAAAUGACAUCUGUGCAUUAUAAUCCCCGGUUGGAUUCCAAAGAUGUUAAUGGGAACGGUGUGAUGGAAGAGGCAGAGGUUCAAAUUGAUGAUGGGAAAGAGGAAAUUGAGGAACCAGACACCAUAUACUACAAUGUUAGGAAAAGGAUAGCUCCUUUUGUGAUGUCCUUUGGUUUUCGGGUCUUUGGCCUGGUGCUCAUCUUUGUGGAUAUUGUUCUGGUCAUUGUUGACCUAUCGCUGUCAUCCAAAAGCCGUGAGAGUGUGGGGACUACUUUGGAGGCCAUCUCGCUUGCCAUCUCGUUCUUCUUCCUCAUCGAUGUGCUCCUGCGGAUUUAUGUAGAAGGAUUUAAGGUGUACUUCAGUUCCAAGCUGAACAUCAUGGAUGCCUGCAUUGUGGUCCUCACUCUGGUUGUCACUAUGAUCUAUACAUUCUCUGAUUUCUCAGGAGCAAGCCUUAUUCCUAGGUUAGUGGCAUUCCUGAGGUCCUUGAGAAUACUUAUCCUGGUUCGUAUCUUCCGACUGGCCUCCCAGAAGAAAGAGAUGGAGAAGAUCACUAGAAGAAUGGUAUCAGAGAACAAAAGACGUUACCAAAAGGAUGGAUUCGAUUUGGAUCUCACAUACGUCACAGACAGAGUCAUUGCAAUGUCCUUUCCCUCAUCUGGGAAACAGGCCCUGUACAGGAAUCCCAUCAGAGAAGUUGUCCGAUUCCUGGACACUAAACAUCAGGAUCACUACAGAGUUUACAACCUCUGCAGUGAGAAAGGUUAUGAUCCAAAACAUUUCCAUUAUAGAGUUGAGCGUGUGAUGAUUGAUGAUCAUAAUGUUCCAUCAUUAGAGGACAUGCUGAGAUACACAGCCAGUGUUAGGGAUUGGAUGGCUUCAGACCCAAGCAACAUCAUUGCUAUCCAUUGCAAAGGGGGAAAAGGGCGUACAGGGACGAUGGUGUGCACAUGGCUAAUUGACAGCGAUCAGUUUGAAAAUGCACAGGACAGCCUGGACUACUUUGGUGAAAGGCGCACGGAUAAAAGCAUGAGUUCAAAAUUCCAGGGUGUCGAAACUCCGUCUCAGAGCCGGUAUGUUGGAUACUAUGAGAUUAUGAAGAACAAAUACAACCGGCAGCUACCCCCUUCAAAAAGCUUGAAAAUCAAGAGUCUGCGCAUUCACUCGAUCACAGGUGUUGGAAAGGGCAAUGGCAGCGAUCUGAAAGUACGCAUCAUAGUGAAGAAGGAGCAAGUGUUCCAGUGCACCGGUGCCAAACAGGAGAACUGUGCGCUGUUUCCUGAUGCUGGAAACAAUGCAGUGGUGAUCAGUUUACAGGAUGGCCCAGUGGUUUGUGGUGAUGUAAAAGUCAUGUUUGAAUCCAAUGCUGGUCUUCCUAAAGGAUAUGAAGACUGUCCAUUCUAUUUCUGGUUCAACACUUCAUUUAUAGAGAACAACAGGCUGUAUCUUUCAAGGGAGGAACUGGACAACCCACACAAGUCCAAAACCUGGGACAUCUAUAAAGAGGACUUUGGUGUGACAGUGUUAUUCAGUGAUCCCUGAAGAAAGAUUAAAUGUGAUGCACUCUAUAGUUUAACACAUUCCUAUGCUAACUAAAGAAUUGUCACUGAGCCAUACAUAGAAUUUAGGCCCGAACGUUGUCUGUUUACUCCUUGUUCCAAAAAAAGGAUCCUGUAAAUAAGAUGGGGAAAAAAAUAGAGAAUGGUAGAAUAUUUGGCAGCACAGGUUUAAAGGAAAAAUUCACAAGUUUCCAAAAUGUUGCAGUGUUCUUUCUAUGCAUACUUGACUAGCAGGAUCACAAGCUUGAAUUAGAUUUGCCUCUCAAGUUUGUGUCUUUAAAUGCUUCGGCAUAAAUUUUGCCUAAGUCAAAAUCUAGGCUGCUGUAUGCAUUAUACACAGUUUCAUGCAGCAUUCUCUGUAAACUUGUAAAGAAAACUUUACACUAGAUGUGUAAGCUUCUGCUUACAUGCUGCAAUUCAGCAGACAGUAAACACUCCACAUCCACUAUGGAACUAAUUUUUUAAAUACGUUUUUGUUUGAUAUCACUGGAAUGGGGAAAAAAUUAAGUUGAUGUAACAAAAAAUUAAAGUAACUAAUAAGUAAA